AUGAACCAUAGAUACAUUUUCCUUCUACAAAUUAUUUAAAACAUCUGGUGGAUAAUUGAAAUGUUAUUAAUUUAAAAGUCUUCAAAUUACACAUAUUACUUUUUGUGUUCAUUAUGUAUAACAACAAGGCUACUUGCCUCGAUUAUCUAUCUAAAAUAGCAUUAGAAACAUGAUCGAUUUAUUCUCAUAACUACAUUAGCUAAUAAUGUUUGUUAUACUGAGGCCAAUAUUAACUUUGAAAGUAAGAAUUUAUAUUUAAAUCAUAUCAAUACUUUAAUCAUCCUAUUAAAUUACAUGGAGGCUCAAAUUUUAAUAAAAAAUCAACCAUUUGAUUUACUUACAAAAUUUACAUUUCCAACAUAUAUAUUAAUGAGAUUGAUCUCCCUUAUAUUUAUAUAGUUUGAUAUACAAUUAUGUGAAGCUACAUCCCUUAUGCUCUUAUUUUUAUGUGUAUAUUUUUCAAAUUAUAAUACCUCUGUAAAUUCAACUCAAACAAAUCCUAAAUUAGAUCAUUACUAAUAAAAUUGUUCUGCAUCUUUGCAUUAAUCAUAAGUUAAAUUAGAGAAGCAUCUUACUUUGAAUUCAAAUAAAUUGAAUCACGGCCCUGAUAAAAAUUCAUAACCAAGAAAUAGUUUUUAAAUUAAUAUAAAAGAUUCAUACAGAGAAGAAAGUGCACCUAUACCUACUUUUCAUUCAAAACUUAAACCAGGAUAUAAAAGUUAAUAUUCACAUCUAGUUGUAGAUAGAAAUGAUUCUUAACUUUAAAAUUUCUAUUAAAAUCUUGUAAAUGUUUUACCAGAAGGAGUUUUGAUGUUAAAUAAAUUUCAGUAAAUCUAAUUCAUAAGUACUAAAUGUGAAAAAUUACUAGAAUGUGAUGGAAAAGAAAAAGUAAUAGAAUACAUAAAAAAAUGUUUGUCAAAUUGUGAUUUACCUGAAGAUGUAUAAUCUAUGACCAGAACUAAAAAUAAAUUGACUUAAAGAGUCUUAGAAGAAAUUAUAAGAAUCUAUAAAUAAAAUUUCUAAGAAUUAGACAUUUUUGAUGUUUUACUGAAUCCAAAUAAAUAUAUCUAAGCAUUAUUUUCUGGAUAGAAUGGAUAAUUAGAAUAAGAUAGAAGCAGUUCUGGAUCAGUUUAUUUUUCUGAUCCUUCUACAUUAUAAGAACAUACUUUUUGUUUUGAAGGUUCUAUUGAGAAAGAGAAAAACGAUUAAUCAAAAAAGCUCAAAUUCAUUUUGGUUUAAACUUAGAUGACUUUAACUUAAUAGGAAGCAAUCUCAUAAAAUGGAUAGACUAAUUCGAAAAGGUAAGGAUUUAAUGAUAUGCCAUAACCAAUACUUUUAAUAUUGAUUAAAAAUAUAACACAUAAAAAUAAAGUUAAAGAGUUAAAAGAAGAAAGAUUGAUUAAUAAUUCACUCUUAAAGUCUUUUUCACAUGAAUUAAGAACACCUUUAAACAGUUGUUAAUAUAUGCUUAAUCUAAUUAAAGAAGUUUCAAAAGAUGAUAUUAUACAAAUGUAUCUAAAUACAGCAUCAAGUUCUAUAAAAUUAUUAAUUUAUUAAAUUAAUGAUAUAUUAGAUUUUGCUGCAAUGUAAUCAAAAUCUUUUUCUUAUCACACUACUACAUUUUGUCUCAAAGAUCUCAUUUAAGAAAUACAUGACUUAUAUGAUUAAUAAACAAAUUUUAAAAAUAUCAAAUUAGAUAUCUUAUAUGAUUAAUCUUUAUAUAAUCAAUUUUUCAUAAAUGAUAAAUAAAGAAUUAUGUAAGUAUUAGUUAAUUUAUUAAAUAAUUCCUGCAAAUUUACUAAACCUUAUGGAGAAGUUUCAUUAAUAUUUAAAUAAAUGAAAGGUAAUCUUAUUGAAGUAACUGUUAGAGAUGAUGGAAUAGGAAUCUAAUCAAAUAAACUUGAACUAUUAAGAAAAGCAUUUUGCAAACCUUCUUCUAAAAUAUCUCAUGAAUAAUCUGCUUUAGGAUUUGGUCUCAAAAUAUCAGGAAAAAUUGUUAAAGGAUUAACUUAUAAUAAAAAUUAUUUAGAUAUCAAUUCAAGUCAUAAUAAUGGAACUCAAGUUUCUUUUUUAUUUUAAAAUUAAGAAAUUAUAAAUUAGGAAUUCUUAUUAUCUCCAUAAUAAAGUAAUAUUACUGGAAGAUUUGAAAUGUCAUCUCCUGCAUCCUCUAAAUUCAUUCACAAAUUAGAAUUAUCAUAAUCUUUAACAAAAGGACUCUAAUAAAAAUUUGAAACUCCUUAAAAUGAAUCAAUUAUUCUAAAAGAACAUCUAGAAAGUCCAAGAUUAAAUUAAGAUUAAUUAAGUUAAGUUAUUAUUCCUACAAGUUGUUAUCAUUUCAAAAAUACUCAUGUAUUACAUCAUAAAAAAUAAGGUUCACUUCAAUCUUUUUAAAUUAAUAUAAAUAAUUGUGAAGAUUGCUCUUAAAUUUUAGUAGUUGAUGAUAUACCAUUUAAUCAAAUUGCUUUUAUUUAGAUGUUAAAUCAUUUUAAAAUUAAGGCUGAAUCUGCUUUUGAUGGAUACUAAGCUAUUGAAAUGGUAAAAUAGAAAUUAAUUAAACAUUGCAAAUUCUAUAGAUUAAUUUUUAUGGAUAUUGAAAUGCCUGGUUAAAAUGGUUUCUAAACUUCUAAAAUUGUAAUACUAACCCCUAUAACUAGAUUUCACAAAUUCCUGGUGUCUAAUCUAUAAUUGUUAUGUGUUCUGCAUAUGAUACUCUUGACAAUUAUAAUUUCGCUUCACAAGUUGGUAUAAGUGAAUUCUUACCUAAACCUGUUAAUAAAAAAGACUUAGAUAAAAUCUUGAAAAAGUAUUUAUUCAAAAUAUGA